AUGGCUUCCCAUGCCCCCCUGAUUGUUCCCGCGCUCAAGAAGCACACUGCGACGGUGAUCAUGGCCCACGGGCUGGGCGACAGUGGCUCUGGCUGGAUGUUCCUGGCACAGAACUGGCGCCGUCGAGGGAAAUUCGACGAGGUUGCUUUCGUGUUUCCCAAUGCCCCCAUCAUCCCCAUCACAGUGAAUUUUGGCAUGCAGAUGCCGGGCUGGUAUGAUUUGACCAAACUCGGGCGCGAUAUGGAAUUCGAGGAAGCGCUUAGCACCCAGGAUGAAACGGGGAUUGUCCGCUCACGCGACUACUUCAACACGUUGAUCAAGGAGGAGAUCGAGAAGGGGAUCAAGCCCUCGCGGAUCGUAUUGGGCGGGUUCUCGCAGGGCGGAGCCGUCUCGCUCUUUACGGGUGUCACCAGUAAAGAGAAGCUCGGUGGCGUGUUCGGGCUGUCAUGCUACCUGCCCUUGAGCGAUCGGAUCAAGAACUAUAUCCCUACGGAUUGGCCGAGCAAGACCACUCCCUUUUUCCUUGCGCACGGAGAUGAGGAUGCGGUGGUCAAGUACGAAUUUGGCAUGAAGUCGGCGGCGCUACUGAAGGAGAUGGGCCUAGAGAAUGUGUCUUUCAAUCCAUACGAUGGUCUUGGGCAUUCUGCGGAUCCGAGAGAGAUUGAAGAUCUGGAACGGUUUCUGGAGAAGGCGAUUCCGUCGGAAGACGCCUCUGCUGGAUUAUGA